AUGAUCAAUCUGAUCGAGUAUCAGGUGGUCGUCUUCAUCAAACUGUGGUUUAAUGAUAUUUGUUUUGAUCGACAACGUUGUGCUUCUAUAACAGUGAAAGACACAUUUAAUGAUCGAUUUGCUGAAAAUGUUGCAAAUGAAUUAAGUAAACAACGUUAUUUAAAACCAUUUGUUAUUUUUAAUAAAUGGCGUCGUAAAAAAUUUGAUUUUACUUAA